UGUUAAACAACAGAACAGUAGACCGACUAUAAAGAAAGUACAGAGGAAAGGGAGAGAAAUUUAGCAAAGAAUCAAAUCAAACACAACACAUAUGCAUAUAGUUAGAUAGAUAGACAGACAGACAGACAGAGAAAGCAAGAAUCGGAAAUGGAUUUCAAGGUUUGACAAUUGGGUGUUGAAUUUGAGUAUUUUUGGGGGUUGAAUUGAAUGGAAUUGGGGAUUGUAGAUGAAAUGGAGGAAAAUGCAGGAGCUUUGCACACAGCUAUCAAUUCGGUACAGGCGUUAGGUAGGGGAUUUGAUGUGAACUUUGACACCAGAUUGCUCUACUGUAAAGGAGUUGGAGGGUCUAGAGUUGUUGAAAUUGUCGAAGAACACACUAGGGAUCUAUUCUUGUAUGAUGGCUUGGUUGUCCCAAAUGUCUCCAGAGAUAUUAACAUUUCUCACGAGCCAAUUGGGCGUGAUAGCUCUGGUGUUUGCAGUUUUCUUGAGAUGGUGGAAUAUUUCAAUAAAAAAGCUGGUCUGUCAGGAGAUGUUCCUCUUGGUAGCUUCAAUGCUGCUUUCAGCUAUACUGGUUCUAAACAUAUGGAUGCCGCAGCUACAAAGACCCUUUCCACGGAUGGGUUUUUCAAUCCACUUAUUAAGGUUCAGCUCGAAAAAUUCCCAUUAGUUUUGCAAGAAAAUGUAAAGCGAGCAGUCCCAACAUCUUGGGACCCACCCUCCUUAGCAAGCUUUAUCGAAAACUUUGGGACACAUGUUAUAACAUCUGUAACUAUUGGUGGUAAGGAUGUGAUUUAUGUUAAACAGCACCAGACGUCGCCUUUGUCAACCAUGGAAAUAAAAAAAUAUGUUCGGGAUAUUGGUAAUCAUAGGUUCUUCAACACCAACAGUCUUACCAGUUCAGGUCUAUUGAAAUACAAUGAUAAGGGUAUUGAUCCUUCUUCAUUCAGCAGCCAAGGGAUAUAUCCACAACCCACUGGUGCACCUUAUCUUACCGGCAGUGGUAAAGAAGAUGUUACCGUCAUUUUGAGACGUAGGGGAGGAGAUGAUCUGGAGCAAAGCCAUACUCAAUGGGUAAGGACUGUUGCGUCCUCUCCAGAUGUUAUUGAAAUGUCCUUCUUACCCAUCACCCUUCUGCUUGAAGGUGUAACUGGAAAAGAGCACUUGGCUCGUGCUAUAGGUCUCUAUCUUGAAUACAAGCCUCAGAUUGAAGAGCUGAGAUAUUUCCUAGAGUUUCAAGUCCCUCGGAUAUGGGCCCCGGUACAGGACAAGCUUCCUGGCCACCAAAGGAAGGAACCUGUUUGCCCAUCCUUGCAGUUCAGCAUGAUGGGCCAAAAGCUUUACGUCAGCCAAGAGCAAGUAUCAAUUGGACGUAAGCCUGUGACUGGCUUGCGGUUAUGUCUAGAAGGAUCUAAGCAGAAUCGGCUAUGUAUUCAUCUUCAACACUUGACAUCCCUUCCGAAGAUCCUCCAACCAUACUGGGACACCCACGUGGCAAUUGGUGCUCCUAAGUGGGUGGGCCCUGAAGAGCAAGAUAGCAGAUGGUUUGAACCAAUAAAAUGGAAGAACUUCUCUCAUGUGAGCACUGCACCAAUUGAAAGCCCUGCAACCUUCAUAGGCGAUCUCUCUGGCGUGUACAUAGUAACUGGAGCUCAGCUUGGGGUGUGGGAUUUUGGGUCAAGAAAUGUGUUAUUCAUGAAGCUUUUGUACUCUAGGCUACCGGGCUGCACAAUUCGAAGAUCAUUGUGGGACCAUUUACCUAAUGACAAGUUCAGGAAAGUGGUUACCACUGGAAGUGAAAAUGGUGAUUCGAGUUCAGGAUCAAGGGAAAUCAUUGCAGGCAACAAGUUGGCAAAGUUUGUCGAUACGUCUGAGAUGAGCAAGGGCCCACAAGAUCCUCCAGGUCAUUGGUUGGUUACAGGAGGAAAGCUUGGGGUUGAGAAAGGAAAAAUUGUUUUGAGAGUGAAAUACUCCUUGCUAAUUUAUUGAGUUUUUACUGAUCAGUCAGUUACAGAUGGUGUUUUUGAUUCAAUGGGUUCUUGUUCAUGCUUCUGAACUCAUGCAGUUUGAUUAGCUGAAUUGAAUGAGAUGAGAAUGUGCUCCUCAGUGAUGUUAGGUAUCUGGAGGAAUUUCCAAUUUUGUCCAUGUAUUCUGUUUUCUUGCAGAUCUUGUGAAUUUUGUAGAAAAUGCCUAUUGUUGUUCCAUUCCCUUCAAAUGUAUAUGUAAAUAUAUAUGUAUCUAUGGCUACAAUUUUUCUUUUCUUUUCUUUGUUUUGGUGGCAACCAGGAGUCUGAUCGUCAUGGACGAAACUAAAAAAUAUUAAUAAACACAGAUAAAAUUGUGGUUU